UCCGAGCAACACCGUCCACCAAAUGGCGACUGUAGCCGGCUGAAGCCUCGUCUUCCAUAACUCUCAUCGCCGUGGCCACCGCCAUCAGCACCAACAAAGAGACAAGGAGGAGGAAUGGGGAACUGUCAGGUGACGGAUGCAGCGGCGGUGGUGAUCCAACACCCCGGAGGCAGAGCGGAGAGGCUCUAUUGGCCCACGAGUGCGUCGGAGGUCAUGAAGAACAACCCAGGCUAUUACGUGGCCCUCAUCACCCUCUACGUCCCGGAGGAGAAGCUGGACGGCAGCGGCGGCGGCACCCUCCGGCUAACCCGGGUGAGGCUCCUCAAGGCCACGGACACCCUCUUGCUCGGCCAAGUGUAUCGGCUCAUCACCUCCCAAGAGGUCAUGAAGGCUAUCCAGGCAAGGAAGAUCGAGAAGAUGAAGAAGAGACAGGCUGAACUGAUGGAGAGACAGCAGCAGCAGAGGAUUGGAACAGAUGAUGAGGUCGUUCACGUGGGUAAAGAUGGAGAAGACAAGGAGGACUCAGAAAUCACAGAUCAGGUAGCAAAGCAGGAGAGGGAUGGACAUAAGACCAGCAAGCAGUCAGCAGCGAGGCCUCGACAAUGGCGCCCUUCACUGCAGAUCAUUGCAGAAACUGGAAGCUGAUCGAUCACUGAUGUAAAAAGGCUUUCCUCUCUGAUCUCAGAACAUGAGAUGAGAUGUUUCAUAUGAUUCUUCAAGUGGUUUGUGUUCUGAUGGUAUUGGAAUUCAUGAUAGACAAGCUGAUCUCAAUCUUAUGAUCUGUGCAUUAGCUUUACAGCCACAUCUUCCAUGCCAAAGUUUAGGCAUGCAAUCAAAUUUACUGCAAACUUGGUUGACUUGCAA